CUCCUGAACCCGUUUCCUCCUCCACCAGGCAGCCCUCUUUGACCCUCUUUGACUCUUGGAUGACAGUGAAGUUGCCUGUGUAAAAUCUAUUCACUGUGCCACUGCGUUUGCUCGGCUUGAGGAAGGGAAGCCAGCUGUGUUAAUGCCUAGCCUCCUUGAAUGACAGAUCAGCCGGUCACUCGAUGGGGAGCAACGGCGGACCUCCUUUUUCUGUCACCUUCCCACCUCUCUGUAGCAAGAAAAAUAACUUCAGCACCUCUUCGAUAAUAAUGAUGAAACUGGUAUUAACUGAAUGGCAAUUAUGGAUUUUUAACUCUCAUUCACAGUAAACGAGCAGGCCAUAUGUUUAAGAUCCAACCAAAAAUCAUUUUGUUUUGCUGCGUGUCCCACCCGCUCGUGAGAAGCUGCGAGAUCUCUGUUUGUACAAAGAGGGAUGUAAGCAUUACUUGCCGGAGGGACACAACUGAAGCAGAGAGAGAAGGCGUCCUAGUUUACCCUUAAAGAUACCUGGUAGUAUUAUUUAUGUAGGUAGAGGAAAAUAUAUAUAUAUACACACACACGCACAUAUAUAUGUUUUUGUUGGUAAUGAGAAUGGCCCCACAGAACGCCGACUCGGAAUCUAUGCAAGUCCAGGAGUUGCCUGUGCCCCUGCCGGAUCUGCAGAAGCCGGGAAGCGCCGAUACCCACGACGAGACCAUCAGCGAGGGGUCCAUAGACCGGAUCCCCGUGCGCCUGUGGGUGAUGCACGGGGCCGUGAUGUUUGGCAGGGAGUUCUGUUACGCCAUGGAGACGGCGUUGGUCACGCCGAUCCUCUUGCAGAUUGGCCUUCCGGAGCAGUACUACAGCCUCACCUGGUUCCUGAGCCCCAUCCUCGGCCUCAUCUUCACGCCCAUCAUCGGCUCCGCCAGUGACCGCUGCACCCUGAGCUGGGGCCGCCGGCGGCCCUUCAUCCUUGCCCUGUGCGUCGGCGUGCUCUUCGGCGUGGCACUCUUCCUUAACGGCUCUGCCAUCGGUCUGUCCCUUGGCGAUGUCCCCAACCGGCAGCCCAUUGGCAUCGUCCUCACGGUGCUGGGGGUGGUCGUCCUGGAUUUCAGCGCCGACGCGACCGAGGGCCCCAUCCGGGCCUACCUGCUGGACGUGGUGGACAGUGAAGAGCAGAACAUGGCCCUUAACACCCAUGCCUUCUCCGCCGGCCUCGGCGGGGCCGUCGGCUACGUGCUGGGGGGGCUGGACUGGACGCAGACCUUCCUGGGCGCCUGGCUCCGGACACAGAACCAGGUGCUCUUCUUCUUCGCGGCCAUCAUCUUCGUGGUGUCGGUGGCCCUGCACCUGCUCAGCAUCGAGGAGGAGCAGUACAGCCCCCAGCAGGAGCGGGGCGGGGAGGGGGCCGACGCCCUGCCCCCCACUGCCCGUGUGAAUGUUCUGGACGGCGGCGUGGCCCUGUUCCCCGAGGAGGUGCAGUCGGAGCACGAGCUCACGCUGGACUACCUGAGCGUGGACAUGGUGCGCAGCAAGAGCGACUCGGUGCUGCAUGUGCCGGACGCCGCCCUGGACCUGGAGCCCGAGCUGCCCUUCCUGCCCGACAUCGAGCCCUCCAUCUUCCACGACGGCUCUUACCCCGGCACCCCCCGCAGCACCAGCCAGGAGCUCGCCAGAGCCAGGCCACCGCCCCGCCUGGCCUCACUGCUCAGGGAAACGGCGAAAGAGGACGAGACGCUGCUCGAUAAUCACUUGAAUGAAGCCAAAGUCCCCAACGGCAGCGGCUCCCCCCCAAAAGACGGCCCCGUGGGCUACACGAGGGUGGACGUGAAGCCCCCCGCCGCGUCCGGCUCCAUGAGGCGGCGCAGGCACAUGUUCCGGCGGCAGGCCUCCAGCACCUUCUCCUACUAUGGCAAGAUCGGCUCCCACCGCUACCGGUACCGGCGGGCCAACGCUGUGGUGCUCAUCAAGCCCUCGCGCAGCAUGAGCGACCUGUACGACCUGCAGAAGCGGCAGCGACAGCGCUGCCGGCACCGGAACCAGAGCGGGGCCACCACCUCGAGCGGCGACACGGAGAGCGAGGAGGGCGAGGGCGAGACCACCGUGCGGCUGCUCUGGCUGUCCAUGCUGAAGAUGCCCAGGGAGCUGAUGCGUCUCUGCCUCUGCCACCUGCUCACCUGGUUCUCUGUCAUCGCCGAGGCGGUCUUCUACACCGACUUCAUGGGCCAGGUCAUCUUCGAAGGGGACCCCAAGGCCCCCUCUAACUCGACCGCCUGGCAGGCCUACAAUGCUGGCGUGAAGAUGGGCUGCUGGGGCCUGGUGAUUUACGCGGCCACCGGUGCAAUUUGUUCAGCCCUGUUACAGAAAUACUUGGACAACUAUGAUCUGAGCAUCAGGGUCAUCUACGUGCUGGGGACUCUGGGCUUCUCCAUCGGCACAGCCGUGAUGGCCAUGUUCGCCAACGUCUAUGUUGCCAUGAUCAUGAUCAGCACCAUGGGCAUAGUCUCCAUGAGCAUCUCCUACUGCCCCUACGCCCUGCUUGGGCAGUACCAUGACAUCAAGGAGUAUGUGCACCACAGCCCCGGGAACUCCAAGCGCGGCUUUGGCAUAGACUGCGCAAUCCUCUCCUGCCAAGUGUACAUCUCCCAGAUCCUGGUGGCGUCCGCCCUCGGGGGCGUGGUGGACGCCGUUGGGAGCGUGCGUGUCAUUCCCGUGGUGGCCUCCGUGGGCUCUUUCUUGGGCUUCCUGACAGCCACGUUCCUGGUGAUCUACCCGGAGGUGUCUGAGGAGGCCAAGGAGGAGCAGAAAGGCCUGUCGCGCCAGCCGUCAGGUGACGGCGGGGACGGCAGCCAGAAGCCCACCGUGCUGACGCUGUCCCGGAAGCAGGGCCUGCAGGGGCUGGUGGAGACAGAGUCCAUGGUCUGAGCCUCGCCCCUGUGCACACACAUUCCGGGGGGGGGGGGGGGGGGGGGGGGUGGGCAGGGGUGGUCACUGUUGGCUUUGGUGGCAGCACAAAGCAGAGUUCCUUCACAACACGGGUGGGGGUGCGGUGGUCGUAGGGUAGGCCUGAGCCACUAGGCAAAAACACCACACUAACUACUCUUUCCACAAUUAAAUCAUUUGAAAUAUUUUUUUUUAAUUGAAAAGGAUCUUCUAAUUUCAACUCUUUUAUUCCGCAGGUAUAUUACUCUGCAUGUUUUUUAAAAUUACAAGUCAGAUUUACAAUAGACACAGGCAAUUUAGAGAAAAGUAAGAUUUUCAUUUCCAAGGUUAUAAUUGGAAACAGAAGUAUGUGCUGUCCUUCGUGUAGCCGGUGACUGAACCUUUCCACGCCUCUCUGGACGCCUGCAGGCGUUGGGACUUCCUGUCAGAUCUCACGUUUUGUUGGUGCUGCAGUCACUGGAGAGUAUUUUUCUUUAUUGUUAUUUUAGAAAACAAUGUUUUUUCUUUCAAAACUGGUUUCCUUAGAAGAAACAGCGUUUCUUCUUUUUCCUCAGAGAUUCUGACAGAUGGCGUGAGCGGCAGGCCCGCCUCUGGGCAGCAGGAGGCGGCAGCCGCACCCCCACCCACAGGGAGGCAGGGCCCCAGGGACCCCGUGGGCGGGAGAGGGUGAUCGGAGGGUGACCCACGGGGACGGCGGGCUGGGACGGGCACCCGCGGCGGGCAGCGUCCCAACUGGCAGAUGGGCCCCCCCCCCCCGGUAGGCGGGCGCGCGUGUCCAUGCCCAGACCCCCGACCCCGUCAUCUUUGUCCGAAGCUCCCCAGAGCGGUGGUGGACUCUUUCAUUGCACUUUGACUCGUGUUUCAACCAUUUGUUGGGGAAAUCAUGAGGGCAGAGCUCCAGGCGUGGCCUUGCCCCCUGGGUCCUGCCACCAGGCCUACCUCGGGUGUGUGGGGCGCGGCCCCGGCGCGUGUGAACUCCUCAUGCUGGGACUCUACUGACCUCUUCUGACCUCUUCGCCUGCUCCUCUCGCGCGACUCUGGAACCGGAGCAGUGGCAAAGUGAAGCAAGUGUCUGGGCCCAAAGGAAGGUCCACUCCCCCAGAGGACUCUGGCGGUGUUUUCUGCUUCCAGCGUCUAAGCCAAACCCGGACUUUGGGGAAAGUACAGUCACGAAAUGCUGCAGCUACUUGGGAAUGCUUUCCAAACCACAGUCUCUUUAUAACUGAGCAGUUUCUGCUUUUCUUACUUGGAAUGGUCAGUCUAAGCUUCCUGGUGUCACCUGGACACAGACAAUGGUAAUACUUCGCUGCCUCAAGUUGUUUUUUAAAUAAAGAACUUUAGGAUGCAUGAACAAUCAUGCUGCAAUAUGAUCAUUCUAAAGCAAAUAUAUAUGCAUACAUAUAUAUAUAUAUAUAUAUUUCAAGAUGAGACUAAGCAGUUUUUAAAUAAAUUACUUGAAUUUUCUGUGUAUCCCAAGGACUGGCUGUCUAGUGUACUUGGCCAGCCUCUGGCCGCGCCGUGUCUCCCGGCCGCUGGUGGCGCGCUGUGCAGGCCGUGUUUGUGUCUUAGGACCAGCGGGGCCCGUCCACUCAGGAGCCCAGGACCUCGGAGGGCCGGCACCAGGACGCUAGCGUUCUCCGCGUGUUCACGCGUGAGGCUGGCCUCGUGAAUGUGGACCUUGGACAGGGAGAGUCUGUCCUGCUCCUGGAAGCGCUGGCUGGCCUGGGCACGAAGCCCCAGCUUCCUGCGCCAGCCAGGCUGGGCACCCUGGGCAGGUCCCUGUAUCCAGUUCACCCCAGCCCCCUGACAGCUUUGCGGCCCUGGGUCCCCCUGCUUUGGUUCUCAGGGCCCCAGGAGGGGCCUCCAGGGCACAGCCUCCAUCUAGCCAGCCUGCUCCGUAGGGGUCUCCCUGUGGCCAGAAAAGUGGGAAAAGUGGGCGGCAGGAGAGCGGACUAUGCGGGUGGUGGUGGAACAGUCCCGAAUCCAGACGUGACGUGAACGAGCGUUUGCCUCUGGGCCACCCACCUCCCUCCAGGGCCGGACGCACGAGGCCUGGCUGGGACUCGGCGUUUAGGCACAAGGAGCUUACGGUGGGACCCCUGUCAUCAAAGCGUGUUAGCCCUUGACGUCCCAGCCUCUUCCACUUCACCCUGCUCUGAAAUACCAAGGAGCCCAGGAGACACGUGGCUGAGGCUCCCUGUUAGAAGAGGAACAGUGCACCCCUCCCAGGACCAGCCGGCCUGGGCUGGGGGUGCUCCAGUAGCUGUCUAACGUGGAUGUUUAUGACCAGUCUUCCUCCCUCUGUAGGUCUGGUCUCGCAGACCUACGAGGAGAGGGAGGAGGUGCCUUGUGGUUUGGAUCAGAGUCGGUCUCCGGAGCUGCCUUCCUGGGCCCUCGUCCCGGGUGUGAGCACAGAGGGGCACCUCUGCCCACCCUCGAAGUGACAUGUCAGGAUCGCACUGUGUGUGCACCAGUGUCUUAAGAGCCGUGAGGAGGAGCCGGCCGUGGGCACAGCGUGGUUGCGCUCUGUGGCUCAGCGGAGGGUGGGAGGCGGUGUUCUCUAAUGCGGUAGCUCAGGUGGGCCCCAGGGGGACGGAGGAGAAUGUCCCAGAGCAGGCCAUCUUUGGCCUGGUGGUGGAGAGUUCUCUGACAGGCCCACGCGUGCCCGCUGGGUGGGCUGGCAGGUGUCGAUGCCCGGGACAGGGGUCCUGGGGUUUGUGGGCCUAGGUCCGUGGGCUGGGAGUGUGGCCGGCAGUUGGUUUACUGUGUAGUAUAAAUGGGCUGCUUACCAAAACAGGGUAAUGUGGGUCUGAUUGGCACUUUUGUUCCCUAUAAAAGUCAACGAAGUAAAAAAUCAAGGAGAUGACUCGAACCCGUGCAGCCGAAGUCUGGACUGUGCUGGAGCCGGGGUGGGGAGGUGGGCGGGCGUCUCAGCUGGCAGCCUCUGUGGCCCCCGCCCAGAGGCGCUCAGGUGUGUUCCUUAAAGGUACCAGUGUGGGGGGAAGUGGGUCUCUGACCCCCAAAUCCCCAAAGGGCAACCGGCGUGUGGGGCUGCAGGAAGCAGGAGGCGGAGGGGAGCUGAGCUCAGGCUGAGGGGCGGGGCUUCCUGUCCAUCCCCCGCCCCCCCCCCCCCCCCCCCCCCCGGGGUGGCACAGCCUGGCAGCCUGUGACGGCUAACGUGUGUGUCUGACGACUCGAGGAGGUGCUGACUGUUCCCUUCGGGGUCUGAUGGCGCCUGUGGCAGCUGGAGUUGGCGGCACCUGUCACUGACCAAGUUUGUAAAACACCCGCAGUUCACAGCUGACCCGCACGCGCUUCGCCAGAGACACUGACCAGCUAACCCUCAGUGAGGGCGCUGGCAGCCAGUCCUCUUGGGAGGGCGCUGCUGGGGACAGACCCGUCUCCUUCGUGUUGUAUCUGCGGGCAUCCAUCUCCCUGCCCGCUUCCGGGCCGCUUCCCGAGCACUCCUGGAGUGGGAGUGCGGCUGGAGGGGGACUCAGCCCAGCGCUCACCGGGAGUGGGGUCGAUGCGGCCCAUCUGGGGGCCCAGCCUCAAAGCUGCGCGUUACCUCCUCACGGGAAGCCAGCUGCCACCGUCCCGGCCCAAACCCCGAGUCUUGAGAUGGCCCUUUGGACAGCCCAUCCUCAGGAGCCGGCUCUUUCCACCGGGACCUCCGGCAGAGCUCAGUGCCCACCCCCCACCUGCUGAGUCCGCUGGCUCUCCCCUGGGCUGCUGGGGGCACGUCUCCUUGUGCCAUGGACUGAGAUGGUCUCUUGGUGGUGGAAGGACCCGUUUGUUGGAAAUGCCUCUUGUUACGAGAGAAACUCCCCAGGCAUCUCGGAGCAACACUAGUUCCAUUGUGAACUGGCCACGGGACUUUUUUUUAUCAACUUAUUAAGUUGGGGCAGUAUACUAGCUCUUGCUGAUUUUAGCAACGAUACAAGUGUGUGUUAAACACAAUGUUUUAUGAGGAAAGGGGAUUAUAAAGAAGAGUAAUAUCGCAUAUUAACUUUUUAUAUUAAGUGGUGCAAAGUGGCCUGAUGUCUCUGUGUCUGUACGCGAGCCCUCGGUUGUGUUGUUUCUUUCCAGGUACACUGAGCUUGCGUGUCGGCCUCAUUGUUGUGCACACGGUUGUUUGUGGGGCACUCCAUCUCCACACCGAGGCCGGCCUGGCCUCCCCCCAGGGCCUCCCUGGGUCUGUUUUGCUGUAACUCUGUGGUUAAAUCUUAAUAAACCUUCCCUACCAGGUGA